AAAAAUGACAGUGACACUUUUCAGUAGAUUGUUGGUUAAAAACCUCUGUUUUGCCCGUAUUUUGUCGUAAUUUUACGGCCAUGUGUGGUCAUAUUUGCAUUAGAAACGUAAUUUUCAGUGAUGCUAUCCACCACUGCAAAUAGUAAAGUGAAAAACCUGAAGGGAGCGGAGAAUUCCGACAUCUCGGAGAGGGACGAAACAGGACAUGAAAACACAACGAAUGAUAAGGUCAGAGGUUAUGUUGCCUCUUAUGAUGCAUCUUCAUCGUUCGGAGGGCCUUCUAGAGAUGGCCGGUUCCGUUCCCGGGGGCGGGUAUCGGAGUUUCGUCACUCUCGUGGCGGCGGGAGAGGUGGCCGGGCUCGCGGUGGUUUCCCGCCCCGCGGAGAUCGUGAUCCCCUUGACAAUUCCAGUAAAUACAACGAAUCGCUAAGUCAUGCCAACAAUGAGACUUGGUUCCAGGAAAACGUCGGUAAUAAUAAGUUUUAUGAGAGAUCUGAUCUUGUCGUGAAUUUGCCUGAGGAUCCUCGGAUAUCAAAACUUUUGCGUCGUCUUUGUGCUGAGGUUGACAUUGAGAAGUCACUCGUAAUAUGCAGUAAGCUUCAAGAUGCUGUAAUGCUGCCUGAAAAUGCACGAUAUAUUCGAAGAGCUUAUGACAUUCUCGUUGAAUCCUUAUUGGAUGUGUUAUAUGAUGGCCCCGGACCAGAAACUAAGGAAGGAGCAGCUGUGGUGCUUGGCAGAAUAGGCUAUGUAAUGGGUCCAGACUUUAGAAAGCAUUUAGACUGGUUUACAGCUACAUAUUCAGUUCACAACACAUCUAUAAAACACUUGUUGACUCUAUCUUUUUCAGAGACGUUACAAUUAGAUUUUCAGACACCUAAUUUAUCUGACUUUGCUGAGAUGACUUUGGAGAGAAUGCAGAACGUUAUUGAAGGCACAGAUUCUGCUGAUGUUUUUAUAGCUGCAAUCAAUGCGAUGAUAAUAAUGUCAAACUCUUACCCUGAACACUUUGCAACCCAUUUUGUAGAUACUGUUGAUAUACUAGUCGGCUGGCAUGUGGACAGUGCUCAACCCAAGAAAAUAAAAGAUUUUGCCCUGCAAUCAUUGCUUAAGCUGAGUUGUCACUGGCAAGCAGAUGUUGGGUUUUCAGUGAAUUUGCUUUAUCAGUUUGUUGAAGAUAUGGUUGCUUAUUCUGCAGAUUUGGACAUGAAGAGUGAUAAAGACUCUGAACAAUGUUCAUUGCAAGAUUCUAUGCAGAAGAUUACAUCAUUUCUAAAUGUAUUUAAAACUGUAGUAAAGAGCCUUGGAUCAAUGCUAAAUCCUUCAGUAACACAAAGUGUCUCCUGGUCCUUUUUGACAGAUGCUUUGACUAAAAUUAUACAAGUUAUGACUAAAACUUUGAAAGAAGAUGUAGACAUUGAUUUGAUAUUAUCAGGUAAUGAAGCUAUUACUUUAUUGAUGAAACAUUUGCAAUCUAAAUCUACAUCUAGUUCCCAGGCCUUAUUUGGCUUGAUCUUAAUGGAAAUGGAAAAUUAUUUGGUGACAGAUGACAGUGUGUGCCUCAGUACCAUUAAUCUAAUAUCAACAACAAUAAAAGAGAUAGCGUCCAAUCUUCCAAUAGAGUUCAUCAAUCAAACUAUUGGACCUGACUCCUUGUUGAGAUCACUGCGUUAUUCAGAAAACUCCCAAAUCCUUAAUGCCAUUCUAUUAUUAUACAUUAACCUAUUAAAUUUGAAAAAUAUUCCACUUCUACAAGAAAGUUACAAGUAUGUUUUGACAGAUAUACAAAAUGCUUACUGUAAAAUUAUACCAGAUGUGCUAGUAAUUAAUCCUGAAUAUACGGAAGAAAUGACUAUUGAUGAUGCUGAAAAAAAUAUUAUAUUUUAUUUACAAUGUUUGUCAGAACUUGCUAAUGCUAGCAACUCUAUAAUUGGCAUGUGGGCAUUGCAGCCCAGCAUAUUAGAACUGCUUGCCAUUAAAAUGUGCCCCCAAGACAUGAAUUUGAUGAAAAGGAAACCAGCCCUACAAUAUUCUGUGCUGUAUCUGUUAUAUUCACAUUGCAAGAAAAAUAACCACUUUAUUGCUUCCAGUGAUUUAGUGAACAAUCCUCAACAGCGAGCUACUGAUAUAUUUAAUUUGUCUAAUAUCAAUUUAGGCGAAGUUUCAAGUUCAAGCCCUACUUCAGGCCAUCUUGCUGUCAUUCUGAAUACCUUGAGCAUGAUAUUAGAUGAAGAGGUACCUAAAGAAACUUUAUUGCUUAUACUGAACUGGAUAUCAGAUAUAUUUCAUCAACUGGACAAUUAUUUAUCUAUAGUAAGUAUGUCAAAAGGAUUUCUUGUUUUAAUAACAAACAUGUUAAGAUUAGCCUACUGCUUUGAUGAUGACAUUGUAUUACUUGUGGUCAAGAACAGUAAGUGUUUAUUAAAAAAUAAAACACUAACAUGGAAUCUCAUAAUUCUGAAAACAAUAGCAUCAUUGUGUUUGCUACAUGUUGAUAACCAAAAUAAAGUACUAGCAGAUUCCUGCAAGGAGCUCUUGUUUGGGUUGCCAUGGGAUAUUGUACAGCAGGAAAUGGAUAAACAACAGGUAAAAGUCUUCUCCAGUCGCAAAAUUAAUCUUUGUAUUAUUAAUAGUGACACAAAAGUUAACUCAUUUAAAGAAUAUCUAAUGAAAGGGUCAUUUUCCAUCCUAUCUGUACAACACUUUAAAUCUAUUAUGAACAGCUUGCUACAAAUUACAAUUGAUGAUAAAAAUUACCUGUUGAGUGCAUUUUUACUAUCCUGGCCCAUACAUAGUCAAGAUAUAGAAGAAAACAAUUUGCUGUUCUUCAGGCAAUGUGCUAAUAACUUUUCUUCAAUAAUUAUUGGAUGGGCGUUGUCAGAAUUGGCACAGACUUGUGUAUCUUUAAAGCUAAGAACAGUGUUGGGAAAACCACAGGAAACUUUUAUGAAAAUAGAAGGAGUCCUAAAAGGAAUUGCUAGAGAAAUAUCAUCUCAUGAGACAAAGUUUAUUCAAGAUGAGCAUAAUAAAUUAAUAGACAUUAUCAUGGCUGAACAGGUAAGAACUCGGUGGAUCACUGAAUUUAUGAUGUUUCUGGAGAAAUACAUAUAUAAUGCAGCAGAAGGUACUGCCACUGUAUUGCCAGCUGUAGCAAAACCAGUCAGGACUUUCUUUCAUACAAACUGGUCUACAUGCCGUGAAUGGCUUACUAGAGUGCGUCCAGCAGCUUUGGCUGUAAGCAUAUAUGCUGGCAAUAUUGGGGCUGCUAUUUAUCACGCAUGUCUGAUAUUACAAACUGCAGCAAAUUCAAACACAAAUAUUGACAUUGAAGCAAUUGCAAUCAGUGCAGCAAAAGUUCUAAUAAAGAUAGGGGAACCUGAAGUAUUACAUGGUCUAUAUGUGUGGAUAAAACAAACUUUCAAUAAAAGGCUGCCUUGGUUGAAAGGAGCUGCUGAACAUGCUAAUUCUAGACAUGAGUUAGCUAUUGACUAUUAUAAAAAGUUGCAAGGUACACAAGAACAAGAAGAUAGCAACGAAUCAUUAAAUCAAAAUGAUACAAGGGCAAACAAAUUCAUUGAACAACAGUUAAUGGAAAGCUAUAAACAAAUACAGAGCUGGGAAGAUCUACUGGAGUGGAGAGAUAAUGAAAAACAGCAAAACUUAUUUAGCCCAUCUUAUUCGACAUUAAAAAUGUUUGAAGAUGGUAUUGAUAUGCCUGAGGAACUAUGCAACUGGGAUGUGUUAAAUAUUGAUGCCAAUGAAAUAUCAAAAAAUACAUGUUCUUAUCAAGGAAUGUUAAAUAAAAUAGAAUCAACAUUGUUGUCUACUGCACUGAAUAUGUAUUACUCUGAUUAUACAGAUAAAUAUGAAAAGCAGUUGAAAGUCUGUAAAACUUUGCUGAAUUCCAGCACUGAAGAAUUUGCUAGAACAAAUUCUGUGCAUUUUCUUAAAGAAGUUGCUGUUUUGCAAUUAGCAAAUCAUGGUUUGAUUGAAGCUAUAAAGAAUGGCAAAAAUGGAUCUAAUCCUUUUAAACCUUCCUCUGUCAAAGACCUUAAAUAUGGAACAGAGUUUAAAAAUUUGAGUCGCAUUUUAUGGUGGAGCCAAUACUUUUCAAAAUUAAAUUUGACUGAAGAAAAUCUAUUUUAUACAGAAUGUCUCAGACUAGAUGUGAUUAAAAGUGCUAGAAAAAACCUCAAUAUUAAAAUGGCUAAAAGAGAACUUUUGAAACAUUUUAAAAAUAAUUCUGCAUUUCAAAUGUGCUUAGGAAAUGUCAACAAUUUAGAUGAUUUCAGUGAUGUCCUACUUAUUUCUACAAAUUCUUAUGAUUUCGACAUAUGGACUCUAAACAAUGCUACUGCUCUUGUAGAACUUUGUAAAUUGACUUAUGUAAAAGAAGAAACCAAGUUAAGGGCCAUAAAUUUAUGUGCUAGCAUAUCUCUUGGAUUUUCCCAAAGAUUAGCAAUGGAUGAGCCUAGUUAUGAACUGAGAGAAAAAGGCACAAGAAUGUUACUUACACUAUCCAAAUGGGUACAAAGUGAAAAUGAAAAUGUACUUGAUCCAGAUACGCCACUAAUGAAACUUAUAUCUGCUCUACCUGAAAUUGGCCUUGUCGAUAAUAACAUAUCGGAAAAUGUUAUUCCUUUAUCUGAUUCUGCUGUUGGGAAAUUAUUACAAUUUGGAGUAAACCAGUGUCCCGGUCUUGCCAAAGCUUGGGCCAAUUUUGCGGCUUGGUGUUUUAGAUGGGGUCGUAAAAUGGUUGAAUUCAGUGCGAAAACACGUGAACAACUAACGGAAAAGGAUAAAUUGCAGAUUGAAAGUGUAAUGAUAGGAUGUUCACCCCAAGAUUUUGAAGCCGUUUGUGAAAUAUUGUCCAAAACAAAAGCUACUUGUGAUGAUGAAGAUAUCGAUUGGAACGAAAUAAAUACAUCAGAAAUGAUAGAAAGUCAAUUACGCACUGUGCCUUCGUUGAGCAAUGCUUUCCCAGAACAUCUUGCACUUUUGGUAGAUAUUUGGCGCCAAGCUCAGAAAAGGGUCUUUUCCUAUUUUGAACUAUCGGCUGAUGCAUAUUUCAAAUUCCUUCAACUUAUUUGCGCUUCAGAUUAUAUAAAUCAUAGUGGCGAAAACGCUGUAGUUAAUGCGACAUUACGACUACUUCGUCUAAUUGUAAAACACGCAAUGGAGUUACAAACUGUUCUUGAAUCUGGUCUUGCAAAUACUCCUACUCAGCCGUGGAAAGUUAUUAUACCACAGCUUUUUUCAAGGCUGAAUCAUCCUGAAACUUAUGUACGGAAGUGUGUUUCUGAUUUAUUGUGUAGGCUCGCUGAAGAUACGCCACACCUUAUAACAUUUCCAGCUGUUGUUGGUGCAGUAGAAAAUGAGCAAAAUGAAUUGACAGAGCUUAAAAUUACGAAACUUAAUUUGUCUAACGAUGCAGAAAGUGGGGACGAAAAUUUAGAUUUUGAUGACGCAUCCAGUGAUAAAGUUGUCAAUAACGAGUUGAAUUCUUGUUUUCUCGAUAUGGUAGAAACACUAUCAAAACAAGCACCAACUACCAUACUUCAAGUAAAAUUGUUAGUUAAAGAAUUACAGAGAAUUAAUCUUCUCUGGGAUGAACUAUGUCUUGGUACUUUAGUACAGCAUCACUCUGAUUUUAGUAAACGGUUAUCUCAGUUAGAAACAGAAGUAGCUAAAGUACAAAAUAAUGUUAACUUGAAUGCUGAAGAGAAGGAAAAAUUAAUUGCUGAGAAACAUCGUAUCAUAUUUGAGCCCAUAGUCUACGUUCUCGAACAAUUAGAUAACAUUACAUCGGCAAAACCAGAGACUCCACAUGAAACUUCAUUUCAAAAUAAGUUUAAAUCUCUUAUAAAAGAUGUGAUCGACAAGUUGAAAAACCCGGGUAAUCCCGAAAAGCCUCAAGAGUCCUGGGCUCCUCUGAAACAGUUACAAAUUAAACUGCAGCAAAAAGUUCAUAAAAGAACUUCUUAUAUCUUGAAAAUGUCUGAUAUUAGCCCCGUACUGGCUGAGAUGAAAAAUACAGUCAUAACAAUGCCUGGAUUGCACACCAAUCAGAGAGCGGUCAGAGUCACCAUAAAAUCAAUCGAGAACAAUGUAGCGAUAUUACCCACGAAAACCAGACCAAAAAAAUUAGUUUUCUACGGAUCGGACGGCAAAACGUAUACAUAUUUAUUCAAGGGUUUAGAAGAUUUGCAUUUAGACGAGAGAAUAAUGCAGCUUCUUUCUAUAACUAACACUAUGUUGGCGCGUGAUUCUGAAAAUAACGAUAAUCAAACGUAUAGAGCACGUCAUUAUUCCGUUAUUCCGCUCGGGCCUAGGUCUGGCCUUAUCAGUUGGGUGGACAAUGUCACACCGCUGUUUGCUUUAUACAAGCGCUGGCAGAAUCGCGAGGCUGCUAUAAUGUCCGCGAAGACCAAUAAAACAGUGAACGUCCUGCGUCCCUCUGAGUUGUUUUAUAAUAAACUGAAUCCCUUGCUGAAAGAGGCGGGGAUAUCGACAGAGAAUAGGAAGGAAUGGCCAGUAGCAAUACUGAAGCAGGUGUUGCAAGAGCUGUCAGCGGAGACUCCGCGCGACUUGCUGUGGCGAGAAUUGUGGUGUAGUAGUGUGACGCCCGAGCAGUGGUGGCAAAUGACGCGUCGGUACAGUUACUCGGUGGCAGUGAUGAGUGCCAUCGGAUACAUUAUCGGGCUGGGCGACAGGCACUUGGACAAUGUUUUGGUGGACUUGACGUCAGGUGAAGUGGUGCACAUAGACUAUAACGUGUGCUUCGAGAAGGGGAAGACGCUGCGAGUUCCUGAGAAGGUGCCCUUCCGGAUGACCCCCAACUUGGUGACUGCGCUCGGUGUUACUGGCGUUGAGGGCAUAUUCCGGUUGGCGUGCGAGCACGUGUUGCGCACUAUGCGACGCGGGCGCGAGACCUUGCUAACGCUGCUGGAGGCAUUCGUGUACGACCCGCUGGUGGAGUGGGGUGGCGCUGGCGCGGCCGCGGGCGGCAAGCGGCGCCGCACGCAGCGGGACGUGCGAGCCGCGCUCGCCAUGCUGGCUGUGCGCGCGCAGGAGGUGCGCCACGACCUGCGACACGCCACGGAGCAGUACACAGCUAUCCUGCCCGAAGUCAAACAGGCGACUGAAAACUGGCUGAAGGAAAAUGAAGAAGUUUCCUCGAUAGAGGCUAAACUGCAGGAAUGUGAACAACAAAUGGCACUAAUCAAAGAGAUCGAGGCCUUCGGGCCCAACCUGAGCGAUCACCCACUUUAUGCAAUAUCUCAAAAAUACAGCUCUUAUAAACAAGCUAAAAAUGCUGUAGAAGAUUCGAUGAAAGCCCUGGUUAAGAUUCUCAAAGAUUUUGACGCACAGAUAGAAGCUUUCGCAGAGACUACGGAAGCUUUGAACGGGCCACAGCUAAUGGCAUGGGUACAAGAAUUUUCGGGAACCAAUGAGGAUGACGAGAAACCAAUAUUCGAACACAUCAAAGAGUUUUUGACCAAUGCAGGUCAAAGUUCUAUGUUGACACAGUGCGAGCAAGCUGAAAGUGAACUGAAUCAAUGCACGAAACAGACGAAAAACCUUGUGCGCUCCUGCUUAGAACUACUGUCGCAAUACGUCGCUGUCUCGCAAUACUAUCCUCAGAGUCACACAGAGUACCAUCGCAUCAUGAUGUUCCGCAAAUACUUAGCGACGGCCCUGGAAAGCAGGUCGCCUGAAGUAUGCCGCGAAGUAUCCAAUCAAGUUAACGCUCUUUGCUCGGAAACAAACACCACUGACUCAGCACAAAUAGUAGCAUAUAAUUACCGCUUACAGGCUAUCUAUGCGGAGGCUAACGCCAAUCUAAAUAAAGCCAUCGAGAGGCUUCAAGCAGAAGGUGGCCCAGACGCACUGAAUAUUGCUCAAGAAGCAUACAACGAAGCGAAAACUAAUAUAAGUAACUGGGUGAGGACGGAAGAAGGAGCAGCUGUUGCUUUGGAGUGCGUCGUUGUCGGUAUGCUCUGUAACUUAAACAGAAGAAUUUUAAUGUUAGAGAACGGAGCCCAGAGCGCGGGCGACUGCCUUGUGGACUUAACAUCUAGAGAAGGAGAGUGGUUCUUGGAUGAUAUGAGCGCACUGUCUAUGCAAGCUGUAGAGUUGCUGUCAUUGCUGCCUCUGCAGGCAGCUUCAGCUGAAGAGACCGCCCUACCCUUAGCGGUUGAAUGCGUGCGCAACGCCAACCUUUUAUUGGCUGAUUUAGUGCAACUGAACUACAAUUUUAGUACGAUCAUUUUACCCGAGGCGCUGAAGAAGGUGCACUCCGAGGACCCGUCGGUGCUGCUGAUGAUUAAUGAAUUGAACUCCGUUAUCUUGAACAGCCCGUUGCCACUAAACGAACUACUGGCGCAGUUGGAACUACACUUGAGAUAUUUGGUCAUGGAUAUGGAGUCUCCGGCGAGCGGUGCCCAAGCGGCGGCGGCAGAAUUACGCGUCCAAUACGAAGCCCUGCUCUCUGCCGGCGGUUCAGCGACGCAAUCCAGCGGUCGGAUGCUGUUAAUGGGAUUCAACGGACUGUUCGCGGCCGUGGAACUGCGCGCUCGCGAGCUGGCCGACCAUCUGUCCGCGCCCCUACCGCCUGCCUGGAGGAAGGUGGACCACGUCAGCGAAGCUGCGCAUUUAUCUGCGACUCUCCAGAGCUCCGUGCUGCGCUCGGUGCUGGAAGACAUGUUCCUCGUGCGUCGCGUGCAGGCGGCCGGCGAGGUAUUCGCACUGGCGGGGGCUGCCGCGCGUGCCUUCAGCGGGACCGCACCCGGGUCUACUGCACAUCCGGACCCCGCCAGCCUCACUAAACCCGUGCGCAGAUGGACAGCGGAAUACGUGUCCCGCUGCGUGCUAGGCGUGGGGCCCCGCGCUCUAGCCAGCUGCAUCUGCCUGCUGCUGCGCCGCGCGCCGCUCGACCUGGCCGCUGAGGUGGAGCAGAAGGAGAUCGGCGCAUCAUGGACCGUUCCGCUCGAGUCGUUGUACGAGAAGGCGCGCGCUCGCUGGGCGGGCGGCAUCAGCAGCGUGCGGUCGGAACGCGCGGGCGUUCUGGCCGCCCGUCUGCAGGCCGCGCGCGCGCAGACCGCCCGCGCCGCGCACGCGCUGCGGAACCACGCGCGCGCCACUACUGCCGCGCACCACGCGAGACUGCAGGCCCGCGCGCACGCGCACACGCAUCCACAGGUGGUAGCAGGCAGCGCCGACCCGGGCCCGCCGCUGUCCCGGCGCGGUCGCGAGCUGUCCGCGUGGACGGACAAGCUGUCGGCCGCGGUAGGCCGCACGCAGGCGCUCGUCACCGCCGCGCAUCAGAGGGUGAAAUGGGGCGCCGGCGCAAACCCCGCCCUGCUAGUGGUGGUCCUUGCGCUAGAGAGCGCUUGGGAGCGGCGCGGCCUGGGGGCUCGCGCCCUGCUGCGGGCGGGGACUGCCCUCUCCGCCCACGCGCUCACCGCCGCCCGCGUGCGCCGCCCGCCCAAGGCCGCGUGCUCGCGCCCCGUGCUGCCCGCGCUGCAGCACUGGCACAAGGCAUGCACGCUGGCGCAGAAGUACGCGCUACAAGUGACACCGGUAGAAGAAUCGCUCAUGGAAAUGUUACAUCCUGAAGGCAACAUCGACAAACAUUGGGUGGAGAGCGUAGGCGCGUUAGUUCGGGAAGUGCGAAGCGGGCGCGUGGCGGCGGCCGACGCGGCCCGAGCUGGGGCCGGCGCCGGGGCGGGCGCGGUGCGGGCGGCCGGCCGGCGUGUGGACCGCGCGCGGGCCAACCGCCGCGCGCUGCUGCUGCCCGCCGCGCACCCGCUGCUGCAGCUGCAGCCGCUCCACAAGGGCAACAACCCAGCCGCAAUAUAUUUAGCCAAGGAACAGCAGGCGGACAACUUAGCGGGCCUUAUUGCUUCCCUCGCGGGGGACACCCACGACGAAGGGGAGGGGGAGGGGGAGGCGACAGCAGAGGUGACCUCUCCGGUGACCUUGGACUCGCAUGGCGUGAGGGCGGCGCUGCAUGCUGCUAUACAACUGGGUGAUAUGCUGCCCGCACUGGACGACAUGCUGCUAGAACUGAGCUCGUCGUGGGCGGCGGAUGCUUCCCUACGGCGGGCGGCGCGUGCCUUGCAGCCCACAAGACAUCGGAUAGGCGGCGUGGCAUCGGGGACAGGCGCGGGUUGCGGGGCGGGAGCCGGGGCCCGCAGCGCGCAGGGCGCCGGCGUGUGGCGCCGCGUGAGGCUCAAGCUGGAGGGGCGCGACACGCACGCGCGGCACGCGCCCCACGACCAGGUGGAAUACAUAAUAUCGGAAGCGACUAGCGCGGAGAAUCUGUGCUUGAUGUACGAGGGCUGGAUGGCGUGGGUUUGAAGCCGCAGCGGCACCGCACGGCACCGGCACGGCACCCGCGCGGCACCCGCACGGCACCCGCACGGCACUCGCUGCCGCACGCGGCCCGGGCCCAGCCGGCCUGGGACCAGCGAGGAUAUCGACGACGCCUCCCGCCAGAAGCCGUUCCGGCGGCGCGGAGUUACAUUACGAUAAGUUUAGCGUCUCUAUUUGUCUCCCUCUAGCGACGGCCGCUCCUCUCGCUCUGUCACGUGAUAUCAUCCACCCAUACCGGGCUCGGAGAACGGAAUGCUCUCCAUUCGAAUCGCCAUCCGACACAACGACAUCUUUAAUAUUUGGAUUGAAAAAUAUGUGUUGUCAUAAAUUAUGUCUCAUGUUGUAGUGUGUAACAUCGUCGUUUGUGUCGAGCCCGCCCCCGUGACGAGCCGGGCAGUCUAGUAUUAGAGUAUUCGUUUACGGUAUAUCGAGACUGGGUGUUAAGGAACCCCGCACGACGAGCGUCAUCAAUGCGUCGGUUAUUCAUCACCGUGACGUCCACGCUUACCAUCCGCGUAUUUUUAAUCGUCAAUGUCACGUCUCAUUUCUAUCAUCGAAUUUUGACCUUGGAUCAUGAUUUGAUCCGCAAAAUAUUGUCCGCGACUUAGCAAAACGCACAUUUAGCAGUUACGCAAUCAGUAAUAGAAUUCGAUUCGGCUGAAAAUUUUACUGUACUUAAGAGCAUUAGCAACGUGAAUUCCUUCAAAGUUUAGAUGCCACGCGGCAAUAUUUCUCAUUAAGAUGUAAUUGUAGUCGCGUCGCCGGCCCUGUAUCGCUGUCGACGCGACCGCCGUCUAGUAACACCUCGGGGCGAUGUAGCUAUUAGUUAUUGUAUUCGCAUAAAAUAUUUUGGUGUAAUCGUUAAUUUUUAGUUUGAACUCAUUUCCUGAAUUUUCAUUGUACACAUCGAUUGGAGGUGUCAAGUUUCAUCUGAUUAACUUCUAGAAUCCAUUAGAUUUACAUCAAUUUUUCUAACUCCCGUUUUAGUAGUAAGACUCUCGAUUGUCGCUUUACAUAAAUUUCAUUUUAUCUUUCUUGCCUAAAAUAUUGUUUUUUUUUAAAUUGUUUACUAAUUUGCUAUAGUUUGUAAUCACAAAGAUUUAUUGUAUCGAAAGAGGCGUCUCUUUAAUCUACUAUAGACAUCUGUUACAACUUUAUGCUAUUAAAUUUGAACCUAUAACAUUUUGACAGAAAAUGAGUUCGUGUUUAUAAAUUGUAUCACAUAUUUCUCUAGAUUUUGUGCUAUUUUCGUUGUAACGCAGACGGCCGGCUAUGUGCGCUUAAACAGAUAUGUUUUUUUUAGCCUGUUCCGCUUACCCAUACUAAGCUGUCCAUAACAUGAAAAUGAAAAGAACGAUUUGUCCUAUAGAAAUCGCUUUAAAAAUAUGCCUUGCAAGUAUUCGUACUGUUAUGAAAAUACAAGUUGAAUUAAUGAAUCUGAUGUACCAGGGCAACAGCCUCCAGAGGAGAUACCUAUUUCGAAUUAUGCUGAUAUUUGUUUAAUUUCUUAUAGUUAAUCAAACCAUAAACAGUUUUUAUUUAUACUGGUGAAUAAACACAUAGCAUACAAGUAUAGAGAAGUAGAAAAAAUCCUUUCGUUCAUACCAAUGCAUGGACAACUUGUUAUGGAUAAAUGGAACAGCUGAAUAUUUGUGUCAUCUGGCUUUAUUAAAGAUUACACACGGCGCUAGUUGUACUAAAUUCACAGUAACAGUCUAUCACUGUAUUUAGAAGACUUCAUUGUCUUCUAAAUGACGUUUUUGGAAUUCAGUUGGGCAAUAGAUGCCUUCCCACAACGAUCCUUAAGCAUGAAUAUGUGCAGGGGAAUGAACGCAUUCGUAUAAAACUUACGCGUCUUGCCGAAACAUAAUGACAGCCAGCGCUCUGAGUAUGUUUGAAUUAAACAUGUUUGGAUUUGUCACAUAAGUGCUGCCACCUGGCGGGUUUCAGAUAACCUACAUUAGUUUGAAUUUUGCUUUAACCGCGUCCGCCGUAGUCCGUCGUCUGUACUUCAAGUGCGAGUGGUGUGUGAAUGUCUUCGUUUUAUUUUAUUGUAACCUGGUGUGAUUGCAGCAGUGAAUGUAUUCGUCAAGAUUUUUUAUUAUUUUACAAGUACGAGCAAAUAAAUGGAGUACGUUUGAGUUCCUUAUAAAAAAAUUUACAACACAUAUUUUAUCAUCUUUUAUAUUCUUGGAAUAGUUAUGUUUUCGCUCUUAACAAUAGCAAUCCACUGUCUAUAAUUAACGUCCAACAUUUCACAUCUGUGUUUAUUUAUUUGCUCGUGA